UAUGUAUUUUAUUAUUCACUCGCACAUGGAAAUCACGACGAGUACCCAAUCAAACCCGAUGUCUCGCGAGCUGGCCACCUACGGCAACCUCCACAGGGAACAUGUAUUAAAUCCCAUCACGGCCUUGGCCUUCUAUACGUCGCAGGCCAAUGGACAGGAGUACUUACUAGCUGGGGAAGACACCGACAUAAAAAUAUAUCAUGUUCAAACCGCCCGCUUUUGCGGCCAGCUACCAAUAUUCCAGGCCCAGUCUAUCCACGGAAUCUCCGUGCCGUCUCUGGAUGCAUCUAACCAGCCUCAUCUGAUUCUCGUCUGGGGUGGACAUCAUGUCAAGGCCCUAUCGAAUGAGAUAAUCGAAGAUAUUCUUCUGGGCCGUGAUCCCAAGCUGGAUUCGACGAAAAAUGUCGAAGCCAAGGCCCCUGAUUGGAUUUUCGACGGGAGGAUCUCACCCUUUGGCGACGGACGUAUCGUUCUACUUACUGCCCACAACGAAGUUAUUCAGGCAGAUGUAGACAAAGACCAGGGCUCUAUCAUCUUCAAUUGUAUCCAAUCACCUUCAAGACCUAUUUUAUAUUCGGGCAACUUCUUCUGGGCAUCAAAGGACUGCGUACUCGUGGCUGCCGGAACAGUAUUUGGUGAGAUCGUUGUCUGGAAAUGCUACCUCGAAACCCCAGAAUCAAACCAGAACUGCGAGGUUUCAUUCGUAUUCACCGGCCAUGAAGGCUCUAUAUUCGGGGUUCAUAUUUCCCCCGAGAUCCAAACUUCGCAGGGAGAGACACUGAGGUUACUAGCGAGCUGUAGUGAUGAUAGGACCAUUCGAGUCUGGGACAUUACCGAAAGAAACGGGAAAUCCGAACACCAAAACCAGAAGGGAUACGAAGACCAUAUCUCUGAAGCGCGGGAGACGGGAUUCGGUAAUAAUACCGAGGACACAGCUCACGACGACCGGUCGGCAAGAUGCUUAGCUACCGUCAUGGGACAUGCAUCAAGAAUAUGGCAAGUUGAAUUUCCACAAUUACAGCCGUUAUCCACGAACUCGGAUGUCGUUGAGCUCUACUCAUUUGGUGAAGAUGCCACGGCGCAGAAAUGGAAACUUUCUCUAGAUACCGAGACUCAGGGGCUGGAUGUCUCAAAGACCGCCAAGUUGACUCACCAAUCUACUACAUCAAACCACAGUGGGAAACAUAUUUGGUCCCACGCUAUAACAUCUACGGGCGACGAUAUCCUCGUUGCAACCGGCGGUGCCGAUGGAAAAAUCGCUAUAAUAGGAGCUGGUGUAAGGUCUCUAUCACCAGGAGUGAUAGGCGGUGACCAGACGAAGCCCACUAGUAUAGUAUUAAAUGGAAGCAAAAGCGUUACGUGGUCUCUAUCAGAUGUAAUACAGUCUUCUCAGACCAAUCAUGCAACGGCCAGUCUUGAGGAAUCAAACGGCAUCUCGACCCCUCUAGCCUUACCUUCGCAGGGCGCCAAACCGAAAAACGCAAGAGAAGGGUUCAACCGUUAUACGUUCAUCUCCGACAGUCGACUGCUCGCCGCCACAAAUUCAGGCCGAAUAUUUGUUGGCUUUUUUGAGGAUGGACUCUCAUGGGCUGAGCUAACCCUCCCUAAUGAGACUGGCCAGAUAGUCUUUUCUCACCCUUUCCUCGGAGCAUCGACAGCCGAUCCUAUAGCUCUCGUUGGUACUAAUGGUGGUGAAAUUUACUAUUAUGGCGAAUUAGGGGGGCCAUCUCUUCAACUCAUGACUAAAGUGGAUGGGAAGAUUGCGGAUAUCUUCUGCCUAUCUAAUGCCAGCGUGAUGGCUGGUCACAAGCAUGUGGAUUUUCUCACUACUAUCCUGCGCAGUACCAAUGCUAUCCUCACUCAAUUUGAUCCUCAUAAUUCGGCGCUAAAACAUACAGAAGUCGCAUUAGAACCAGGGUUUAUGGUUACUGCUGCUACAUUCACUCGGGAGUAUCUCGUGCUUGGGUCUAGGAAAGGGGUUAUCGCUGUCCUUAAACGAGACGAUGAUGACAAAUACUCGCCCAUUUCUACUAUAGAGGUGCAUAGAGACGAAGCAAUCACAUCGAUACUCCCACUUGGCCAUAGUGAUGGCCAACCACAAAGCUACAUAUUAAGCACGUGUCGCGAUGGGAGAUAUAGGAUCCAUGAAAUCCCAACAACGGCUAACCAGCUCGACGCCAUACUGGUCCAUGAGAUAUUGCCGCCAUUUGUCUCGUCCAUCGAGGGGGCUUGGUUCUCCGAUAACGGCGAUGGAACCAAGGAUCUCAUGCUCUGCGGUUUUCGGAGUAGCAAUCUAGUGGUCUGGAACGAGACCCUGCGCCACGAAGUCGCCACCGUCGAUUGCGGAGGCUCGUCGCGAAGCUACGCUUGGACUCCUUUGAGAUACCGACAUGAUGGGUUUCGAUUUGUAUUUACUAAGGCGGGGCAGAUGCACGUCUUCUCGCAGAUAUGUGCACCUCACAAGACCCUCAAGGCGGGGGGUCACGGUCGAGAAAUUAAGGCGGUGAGCGCCUCUACAGGACGCUAUAUUGCUACGGCUGCUGAGGACACUGUGAUACGGAUAUGGGAAUACGAUGACCAGCAGCAGCAGCAGCCCAGCCACGGCAAUAAUGAUACGAGGCUACGUUGCGUUGCGGCUCUAGAGAGGCAUGCUACGGGUAUUCAAGCUCUGAAAUGGUACAAAGAUGAGUACUUAUUUAGUAGUGGUGGCAACGAGGAAUUCUUCGUAUGGAAGAUUAAUCGGCUGCAAUGUAGCGACUUUAGCGGGCUUGCCGUUGUAUGCGAAGCUGUGUUCCCUGACCGAUCCGAGGUGGGAGACGCGCGCAUCACAGAUUUUGACGUGUCUUGCACUACAAGCGACGGAGAAGGCGAAUGUGAAUUUGUCAUAUCUAUGGUCCUAUCAAACUCGACGUUGCAGACGUAUACCUACAACCGUGUAUCAGGGUUCCGUCUACUAAGGAGAACAACGUAUACAGGAGCUUGUCUUACACAAGUACGCCAGUUGGAUAACGACUAUGUCUUGACUGCAGCUACAGAUGGAUACUUGGCUAUCUACUCCAAAACAAAACCCGAAGGUGAUGUGGAAAGUCCAAGCAAGACCGACGCUGCGCUGGCCGUCACGAAAUUACACCAGAACACUAUCAAAUCUUUGGACGUGCGCCAAGUAGCUACGCUCCAAGCUGACGGUGGUGCCUCGGACUACCUCAUCGUAACAGGCGGCGACGACAACGCGCUAGGUGUCACGCAUAUCCGUAUUUCUUCCUCUCCUAUAUCUUCUUCCUCCGAGUCCCGAAGAGACGACGCGGCGGCCGUUACGAUCAAGAGCAAAGCUAUCAUUCGCUCCGCACACGCCGCGGCUAUUACGGGCGUAGCCUUUGCGCACCUGGAUAGUGAUAGCGCGCUCGUGGUUACGGGGAGCAACGAUCAACGCGUUAGGAUCUGGCGGCUCCUUGGGUGGCAACAGCAGCAGCAGCAGCAGGUAAGGGCGCAGUUGGUCGAUGAGCGGUAUAGCUCCGUUGCUGACGCGGGCGAUUUGGAUGUCUUUGAGGGUGAAGGCGAGGGCGAAGAGGGAGAAGGGACGGAAAAGCGGAACAAAAAGAAAGUGAUAGUGGUCGGCGUCGGCCUUGAGAUCUGGGAGUUGGAGGUAUGAGGUACUUACUAUAUCUUACUAUAUGGGACAUGAAAAGGGGGUUGAGAUAAGUUGCUGAUGGUAGGGGUUAGAAACUGUGACUACCUAACCUAACCUAAUCUAAGGUACUGCUUCUAGCUGUGUCUUCGUAUUACCUGUCUAGGUAUCUUCUACGUGACCCAGAGACAUGUCUGCCUGUCUGUCUACCUUACCUGAGGCAGGUACUAGGUAGGUUAGGUAGGUUCAUAGCAAUGGAUCUCGUUAGUUUCCAUGCCACACAGUUACUGCACUGAUUACCUCCGACCUUACCUCUAGGUAGGUAUGUUCUUUUGACAAUGUAGUCCUUGCUCUCGUCGAGCCUCCCCAUCCCAAUUACAUCAAUCAAUCA